GAUAACAGGUUGUAGCUGGAGGAAUUCUGGGCCCAAGCUAUGGAGAGCAGUGGGCCAAAGGUGCUGGAAACAGCAGAAGAGAUCCAGCAGAGGCGUCAGGAGGUGUUGACUCGGUAUCAGAGGUUCAAGGAGCUGGUUGCUGAGAGAGGCCAGAAGCUUGAAGAGUCCUAUCACUACCAGGUUUUCAGACGGGAUGCAGAUGACCUGGAGAAAUGGAUCUUGGAGAAACUCAAGAUUGCAGGGGAUAAGAGCUAUGAAGACCCAACUAACAUACAGGGGAAAUAUCAGAAACAUGAAUCCUUCGAAGCAGAGGUGCAAGCAAAAUCAAGGGUUAUUCCUGAGCUGGAAGAAAUCAGGAAAGUUCGAUUUGCUGAGGGGCAUUUUGCCCAUGAGGACACCAAGGUCCAUCUGGAGGAAUUGCGCCGCCUGUGGGACCUGCUGUUAGAGCUGACUCGGGAAAAGGGGACCCUGCUGCUGCAGGCCCUGAAGCUCCAGCAGUACUUACAGGAGUGUGCCGACAUCUUGGAGUGGAUUGGAGACAAGGAGGCCAUAGUGACAUCAGUAGAACUGGGUGAGGACUGGGAGCGCACAGAGGUUCUGCAUAAGAAAUUUGAAGAGUUCCAAGUAGACCUGGCAGCUCGAAAGGGGAGAGUGGAUGGAGUGAACCAAUAUGCUAAUGAGUGUACUGAGGAGAACCAUCCUGAGCUGCCUUUGAUUAAGUUAAAGCAGGAUGAGGUGAAUGCUGCCUGGGAGCAUCUCCAUGGUCUGGCUCUCCAGCGACGGAAAACAUUGUCCAAUGCUGCAGACCUCCAGAGAUUCAAAAGGGAUGUGACAGAAGCCAUCCAGUGGAUCAAGGAAAAGGAGCCUCAACUAAUCUCUGAGGACUAUGGCAAAGACCUUGUUAGCUCUGAGGCACUGUUUCACAGUCACAAGAGACUUGAGAGGAACCUUGCAGUCAUGGAUGACAAGGUGAAGGAGUUAUGUGCCAAAGCAGACAAGCUGAAACUUUCCCAUCCUUCAGAUGCACCUCAGAUCCAGCAGAUGAAAGAGGACCUAGUCUCCAACUGGGAGCACAUUCGUGCCUUGGCUACCAGCAGAUAUGCAAAGCUGCAGGCUUGUUACUGGUACCAGCGGUUUUUAUCUGACUAUGAUGAGCUCUCAGGCUGGAUGAAGGAGAAGACUGCUCUGAUUAAUGCUGAUGAGCUGCCCACAGACGUGGCUGGUGGGGAAGCCCUACUGGACAGGCAUCAGCAACAUAAGCAUGAGAUUGACUCGUAUGAGGAUCGAUUUCAAUCUGCUGAUGAGACUGGUCAAGCCCUGCUAAAUGCCGAUCAUGAAGCAUCUCAUGAAGUUCAGGAAAAGAUGGCAAUACUUGACAACAACUGGGCUGCCCUGCUGGAACUGUGGGCCAAGCGUCAGGAUCAGUAUGAACAGUGCUUGAACUUGCACCUCUUCUACCGUGACAGUGAGCAAGUGGACAGUUGGAUGAGUAGACAAGAGGCCUUCCUGGAAAACGAGGACCUGGGAAACUCCCUGGGGAGUGUAGAAGCACUUCUUCAGAAGCAUGAUGACUUUGAAGAAGCCUUCACUGCCCAGGAGGAGAAGAUCACAACAUUAGACAAGACUGCAACCAAACUGAUUGACAAUGAUCAUUACGAUUCAGAGAACAUCGCUGCUAUCCGGGACGGACUAUUGGCCCGGCGGGAUGUCCUACGUGAAAGGGCUGCCACUCGACGCAGGUUGCUGGAGGAUUCAUUACUUCUACAGAAACUGUAUCAGGACUCAGAAGACCUGAAGAACUGGAUCAACAAGAAAAAAAAGUUGGCAGAUGAUGAAGAUUACAAGGAUACACAGAACUUGAAGAGCCGGAUUCAAAAGCAGCAAGUCUUUCAAGAAGAAUUGGAAGCUAAUAAAAUCCUACUCAAUAACCUAGAGAAAACUGGCCAGGAGAUGACUGAGCGUGGUCACUAUGCCUCUGAUGGUGUGGCUGCUCUUGUGAGUGAAGUGAAACGCCUCUGGGAGGAAUUGCUGGAGGCUACAGCGCAGAGAGGGACCCAGUUGCAUGAAGCUAACCAGCAGCUGCAAUUUGAAAAUAAUGCAGAAGACCUGAAGCGCUGGCUAGAAGAAGUGGAGUGGCAAACUACCUCUGAGGAUUAUGGGAAAGGCCUGGCUGACGUACAGAAUCUACUCAGAAAACAUGGCCUUUUGGAGUCUAGUGUGGCUGCUCGUCAGGAUCAGGUAGACACCCUCACAGACUUGGCGACAUAUUUUGAAGAAACAGGACAUCCUGAUGCUGGGGAAAUACGUGCAAGGCAGGAGAACCUGGUGUCCCGGUUUGAAGCCCUGAAAGAACCGCUGGCUACCCGGAAGAAGAAGCUCAUUGACCUUCGCGACCUGCACCGGAUUUGCAGAGACACAGAGGACGAGGAAGCCUGGAUCCAAGAGACUGCGCCUUCAGCAGCUUCCACCUACCUUGGCAAAGACCUGAUUGCCUCCAAGAAUCUUCUGAAUAGACACCAAGUCAUCCAGGCUGACAUUGCCAGCCAUGAACCACCCAUCCGAAGGAUAAUGGAGAAGGGAAACACAAUGGUAGAGGAAGGACACUUUGCUGCAGAAGAUGUGGCCUCUAGGGUCAAGAGUUUGAAUAAAAACAUGGAGUCUCUCCAGGCUCGAGCUGCUAGACGGCAAAAUGAUCUUGAGGCCACUGUCCAGUUUCAGCAGUACCUGGCUGACCUGCAUGAGGCAGAAGCAUGGAUUAGAGAGAAGGAACCUAUCGUGGACAACACUAACUAUGGGGCUGAUGAAGAAGCAGCUGGGGACUGGUGGAAGGUAGAAGCUGAUGAUCACCAGGGUUUUGUGCCAGCUGUCUACGUCAAGAAACUGGCCCAUGAUGAGUUUCCUACGCUCCCACAGCGGCAGCGAGAAGAACCGGGCUACAUCAGCCAGUGCCAGGAGCAGAUUGAGAACCAGUACCACUCCCUCCUUGAUCGGGCAGAAGAACGCAGACGUCGUCUAUUGCAACGUUACAAUGAGUUUUUGCUGGCCUAUGAGGCAGGGGACAUGCUGGACUGGAUCCGAGAGAAAAAGGCAGAAAACACUGGGGUAGAACCAGAUGAUGUUUGGGAGCUGCAGAAAAAGUUUGAUGCGUUCCAAACGGAUUUGAAGACCAAUGAGCCUCGACUGAGGGACAUAAACAAGGUGGCUGAUGAUCUUCUAUUUGAAGGGCUUCUAACACCAGAAGGAAUUCAGAUACAGCAGGAGUUGAACAACCGCUGGGGCUCCUUGCAGAGGCUUGCAGAGGAACAGCGCCAGCUGCUGGGGAGUGCCCAUGCUGUGCAAAUGUUUCACAGAGAAGCAGAUGACACGAAGGAGCAGAUUGAGAAUAAGUGCCAGGCCCUAAUUGCUGCUGAUCCUGGCUCCGACCUGUUCAGUGUUCAGGCCCUUCAGCGACAGCAUGAGGGCUUUGAAAGAGACCUCAUCCCCCUGGGGGAAAAGGUGACCAUAUUGGGGGAGACAGCAGAGCGCCUCAGUGAGUCCCACCCUGAUGCCACUGACGACCUGCAGAGGCAGCGGAUAGAGCUGAACAAGGCCUGGGAUGACCUGCUGGGACAUACACAGGAUCGUAAGAAGAAUCUAAAUGAGACCCAGAAAUUCUUUCUGUUUCUCAGCAAGGCCAGGGACCUACAGAAUUGGAUCAGUGGCAUUGGUGGCAUGGUAUCAUCACAGGAGCUGGCUGAGGACUUAACUGGUACAGAGAUCUUGAUAGAGCGACACCAGGAACAUCAUGCCGACAUGCAGGCUGAGGCUCCUACCUUCCAGGCCUUAGAAGACUUUGGUGCAGAACUUAUAGACAGUGGGCACUCUGCCAGCUCUGAAAUUGAAAAAAAGCUUCAAGCUGUCAGGCUAGAGAGAAAUGAUUUGGAGAAAGCUUGGGAACAACGCAAGAAGAUGCUAGAUCAAUGUCUGGACUUGCAGUUGUUCCAAGGGAACUGUGAUCAGGCUGAGAGCUGGAUGAUGGCACGUGAGAGUUUCCUGAGGUCAGAUGAUAAGGGUUCCUUAGAUAGUCUGGAGGCCUUGAUGAAGAAACGUGAUGAUAUGGACAAAGCAAUCACUGCCCAGGAAAACAAGAUCACUGAGCUAGAACAUUUUGCUGAGCGGCUUAUAGCUGAUGACCACUACGCCAAGGAAGAGAUUGCUGCUCAGCUCCAACGGGUGCUGGACAGAUGGAAGGCUCUCAAAGCACAGCUGAUUGCUGAGCGGACAAAACUGGGAGAUUAUGCUGACCUAAAACAAUUCUGCCGUGACUUUGAGGACCUAGAAGAAUGGAUCAAUGAGAUGCUGCCCACAGCCUGUGAUGAGUCCUACAAAGACCCCACCAACAUUCAGAGGAAAUACCUGAAGCACCAGACCUUUGAAAAUGAGGUCUAUGGCAGAGCUGAUCAGGUAGAAGGAGUCAUCAGAUUGGGGAACUCUCUGAUUGAGCGGAGGGCAUGUGAUGGCAAGGAAGAGACCAUGAAGGGUCAACUGGAAGAGCUGGAGAAACAUUGGGACUACCUGCUUGAGAGAACAGUUGACAAAGGGCAAAAGCUCAAUGAGGCUAGUCGCCAACAAAGGUUCAAUACAGGCAUCCGGGAUUUUGAGUUCUGGCUCUCAGAGGCAGAGACACUACUGGCCAUGAAAGAUCAGGCCAGGGACUUGGCUUCUGCAGGAAACCUGCUCAAAAAGCAUCAGCUAUUGGAAACAGAGAUGUUGGCUCGAGAAGAUGCACUCAGGGACCUGAAUGAGUUGGCUACUGAUCUGCUCUCCAGUGGGACUUUCAAUACUGAUCAGAUUGUGGAGAAAAGAGAUAAUGUCAACAAGCGCUUCUUGGAUGUCCAGAACUUAGCAGCGGCACACCAUGAGAAACUGAAAGAAGCCUAUGCCUUGUUCCAGUUCUUCCAGGAACUAGAUGAUGAGGAAUCAUGGAUAGAGGAGAAGUUGGUACGAGUGAGCUCCCAGGACUAUGGGAGGGAUCUGCAAGGGGUUCAAAACUUACUGAAGAAACACAAACGCCUAGAGGGGGAGCUGAUGGCACAUGAACCUGCCAUCCAGAAUGUGCUGGAUAUGGCAGAGAGGCUGGGCGACAAGGCUGCUGUGGGCAGAGAGGAGAUCCAGGAACGGCUGGCUCAGUUUGUUCAACACUGGGAGAAGCUCCAAGAGUUGGCCAAGGCUCGAGGGCUUCGGUUGGAAGAGUCCCUAGAAUAUUUGCAAUUCAUGGAGAAUGCUGAGGAGGAAGAAACUUGGAUCAGUGAAAAGGAAGCAAUGGUUGCCCUCAGAAAUUCAGGAGACACAUUGGCUGCUACUCAGAGCUUGCUAAAGAAGUAUGAAGCUUUGGAUAAUGACUUUGCUGUCCAUACGGCCCGAGUGCAAAACGUGUGUGCUCAAGGAGAAGACAUCCUGAGUAAGGAGGAAAGUCAGCACAAGGAGAAGAUUUCUGCCAAGAUAGAGGCUCUGAAUGAAAAGACUCCAGCUCUGGCCAAGGCAAUAGCUGCUUGGAAGUUGCAGUUGGAAGAUGAUUAUGCCUUUCAGCAGUUCAACUGGAAGGCUGAUGUGGUAGAGGCCUGGAUAGCUGAGAAGUUAACAAGCCUGAAGACCAAUGGCAAUGGUGGAGAUCUCGCUGCCUUCCUUACUCUCCUGGCAAAGCAGGACACACUUGAUGCCAGUCUGCACAGCUUCCAACAAGAGAGACUGUCUAAGAUAACUGACUUAAAAGAUCAACUGGUGACUGCUCAGCACAGCCAGACUAAAGCUAUUGAGGAGCGCCAUGCUGCCUUGCUGAGUCUCUGGGAAAAGCUUCUGGAAGCCUCUGCAGCCCACAAAGACAAAUUGCUGGAGAAACAGCUGCCCCUACGAAAGGCUGAGGAGCUAUUCAUGGAAUUUGCACACAAGGCUUCAGCUUUCAACCACUGGUGUGAAAAUGCCGAGGAGGACCUGUCAGAGCCUGUGCACUGUGCCUCCCUGAAUGAGAUUCGCGAGCUGCAGAAGAACCACGAGGACUUCUUGGCCUCCUUGGCCAGGGCGCAAGAAGACUUCAACUAUUUGUUAGAGCUAGACCAGCAGAUUAAGUCCUUAAAUGUGCCCUCCAGCCCUUAUACCUGGUUAACUAUGGAGGUCCUAGAAAGGGUCUGGAAGAACCUAUCUGACAUCAUCAAGGAACGGGAGCAGGAGCUGCAAAAGGAAGAGUCAAGACAGGUGAAGAACUUUGAGCUGUGCCAGGAGUUUGAACAGAAUUCCAAUUCCUUUCUUCAGUGGAUCUUGGAGACCAGGGCUUAUUUUCUGGAUGGAUCUUUGCUCAAAGAAACAGGAACUCUGGAAUCCCAGUUGGAAGCAAAUAAAAGGAAGCAGAAGGAAAUCCAGGUGAUGAAGCGUCAUCUGACCAAGAUUGAGGAUCUGGGGGACAACUUAGAAGAGGCUCUGAUCCUAGACAUCAAAUACAGCACCAUUGGAUUGGCCCAGCAGUGGGACCAGCUCCACCAGCUUGGAAUGCGAAUGCAACACAAUCUGGAACAACAGAUACAAGCCAAAGACACCAUAGGUGUGAGUGAGGAGACACUAAAGGAGUUUAGCACAACCUAUAAACACUUUGAUGAGAAUUUGACAGGGCACUUGAGUCACAAAGAUUUCCGGUCCUGCCUAAGAGGACUCAAUUACUACUUGCCCAUGGUGGAGGAAGGUGAACCUGAACCCAAGUUUGAGAAAUUCCUGGAUGCCGUCGACCCAGGGAGGAAGGGUUAUGUCUCACUGGAGGACUAUACCUCAUUCCUGAUUGACAAGGAGUCAGAGAACAUCAAAUCCAGCGAUGAAAUAGAGAAUGCUUUCCAAGCCCUGGCAGAGGGCAAGGCCUAUAUUACCAAAGAGGACAUGAAGCAGGCCCUAACCCCAGAACAAGUGUCAUUUUGUGCAUCACACAUGCAGCAAUAUGUGGACCCAAGGGGCCGAAGCCAUCCUGCUGGCUAUGACUAUGUUGGCUUUACCAGUUCCUACUUUGGCAACUGAUAAUCAGUUUUUCCUGGAUCAUAUAUAAUCUUGGUGUGAUGGAAAGUAUUGGGGGAUGAAGAAGACAGGCAAGUACAGAGGGUGGGAAGAUAGUACUCUGUGUGUGUGUGUGUGUGUGUGUGUGUGUGUGUGUGUUUAUUACAUUUAUUACAGGACCUGAAAACAAUCUCAAGCUUGGGAGAUAUAAGGCAUUAAUAGAGUUGGAGGAGAGGAGACCAUGGACUUAUUUUGUAUGAAGCCAUUAUCUACUGAGGGGUGCUAAAUUCUCUAUUUUUUUAUUUGUUGCAUUCUAUAUAUCUUUAUUAUUGUUCUGUUCUGAUUCUAACAAAGUUUUCAUUUUAGAAUUGUGCACUUGAAACCUGUGUAAUUUUACUAACCAUUGUCACCCCAAUAAAUUAAAUUUUAAAAAAGAAAAAAAUUUAAAGUAUUUUUAAUAUGGCAAUGUGAAGUAAAAUGUUACUGA